UAUUCUUUCUUUCUUUCUUUGAGAACGGGGAGAAAGGUUUUAUAUUCUUUGAACCAAAAAAAAAAAUAUACUUAUAUCUAUACGGCAGUGUGUGUCCGGUGUGUACAUAUAUCCCUCUGAGCAGCUUUGAGCUUGGAAGUCUUCUGGUCUUCGAUAUAGGGUUUGGACUAAAGUCAUCACAGACUGUGAGUGGCCACCAAAAUUCCGAUGCUGGAAAAUUCCAGUUCAGCGGCGGCAGCAGAUCCAGCCGCAGUUGUCAGGCGCUACGCUCCUCCCAAUCAGAGAAAUCGUGCUCUCAACAGGCGCAAGUCCGCAGAGCGGUUUCAUCAAAUUAACAAUCUUCAGGGGAAUGAUUUGGAAAAGAAUCAAAUUGCCUCCACAAGAGGUAAUCAUGGGGAUGCAGGUAGCAGCAGUCUUCUAAAUGUAACCUUGCAACCCUUGUUCAUUGCUCUAGAGGGGUGUUGCAGCAGUCAAGCUUCUGAUCUCUUCAAUAAUCGUUGGGCAGCCGUAAUGCACUGCUUCAAUGAUUCAUCUAUAGAUCUAUCAGAAAGACCCAUUAUGUACUCAGGAAGCGGAGCAGCAUGGGGUCAAUUCAGACCCCCUCGUCAGUUAAUGGCUCCAGCAGGGGGUGCUGGGUCGCCUGGUUUGUCCAUGGACUUCUUGAGUGAACUUCACCGCUUGAAGCACAUUUCAAACGUCUGUUCUGGAACCUAGAAAGUGAUUCAUGUCCAUCUAAUACGACCGAUCUGCCAUUUUUGUUACAAAAAGCUUUCAAGUGUUUCAACAGCAGUAUGGUUCCUGUAUCUCUAGACGUGUGACACUUCUUCUAAUCUUAUGUUAUCUGAAUCAUUUAGCUUCCAUUUCAAAAAAACAACCCCAUUUAGCUUUUUCCUCUUUGCUCACUCGUAUGAGUGCAAGAUGGUUUUUAAAUGCGUGUAUAAGUAUAACAUACAGUUGCUAUACAAUCUGCUACCUUUUGUGUUAUUACUUCAGUCUUUCUUUCAUUUUUUUUUUGGUCUGAUACUUCGUCUUUCUUUUGGAUGCAUGGGUCUGCCUUACCUUUUUGUUUUUAGUUGCUUGUUCGUAAGAUAGAUAAUGUAUUGAACUUAUUGGAAAGCAUACACUAUGCCACCAGCAGGACACAAGUCAAUACAGAAACUGGUUAUAAGUACCAUUAUGCCAUCCAAGAAGUGGGUAAGCCUUGCAGAAAGAAGAAGAAACUUGUGCUGAGCCCUGCCGAAGAAACUUAAAGCUCAAAAACUGAUAAUUUUUUUUUUUAGGUAGAAAGUCAUGCAAGAUUUUAUUUUGCAAGCAGUAAAAAGAUAACAUUCUAAAUAGCCGAUAAUAAGAGUUAUCUCUUUUACACUCCGGAGGAGCACCGAUCGUUGGUGUUGAUGCCAAGUCUAGCGUCGGGCUAUGGAAUUCGAUCUCUGGUUACCACUUACUAGCACCGCAGCUGGGUUUCGUUGGGACUUGGGACUUGGAUACGACACGUCAACGAGAAGACAAAUUUCCGGGCUGAAGAUGACGGACAAAGAAGCACUGUGUCAUCAGACUGACACUAGUCAAACUGAAGAGACGAAGCUGGCGCAGGUCAGCGAAGAUGGGUUCGACUAUGGCUUAAUUUUUGCGUUUUGUGAAAUCAAUUUUGGUAUAUUCAGGGAUUGUACUUGUGAGCACUUUAUGAAACUGUGAAUUGUCAAUUUCUUUCUUCUGUGUUUUUGAAUUGUACUUGAAGGAUGAGCACAAUUUGCUGGAAGAAGUCAUUUAGAUUACAGCUGAUAUAUGUUAUAGCUAGUGUUCCUGAAUAAGUCAUUUGAUUUGUAUGGUA